AUGGACGACAAAACGCCUCCUUCAGGAGAGCAGCUUGAGAAGUUCUUUGAGAAGGAUGUUGAAUGUUGGGAAAUAGCGAUCCAGACGGAGAAGAAGCGCAAAAAGAAAUCCAAAAAGCUUGAAGGCAACAAUUUGACGAGUAACUCAGUCGGUACUACGCCAUCAGCUAAAGUUGAAAGUGUUCAGGAUCUCAUUAAACUGGCUCAAGCAGCACAUUCUAAUUCAGUAGAGAGUAGAGGCAAAUUCGGAGAGACCUUCUAUAAGAUAGUAUCAUGCCUCGACAGGAAUGCGCAGGUCAUUGACGUGUGCAUCCAACAAGAGCCCAAAACCACUGCUCUUAUCUGGGGACCGAUACGAUUUCUGCUACAGGUUAUCGUGGACAGCGAAAAGGCAACGGAUAUUACGGUAGACGGCAUAUUCUUGGUCGUGCAACAUACGGGACGAUGGUCCAGAAUGGCACAGUGCUUCGGCGAUCUUGAGAGUGUCAAAGAGGCCCUUGUUCAGUUAUACGUCCAAGUCCUUGACUUUUUACAGUGUGCGACUAAGCGAUUUCAAAAAAGGUUAUUGGCUAGGGUAGGCGAAUCGGUCUACACCAGCGCGAAAGACAAAUUUGCGACAAAACUCACCAAACUACGAGAGGCAGCGGAUGUAUUUGACAAGACGGCACAAUGGGAGAGCAUUGAAGAUAAUAAGCGAACGAACAAGAAGAUUCUCAAUUUUGUUAGCACACCAAACGCCCCUGCGCCUGCAGAAGAGAGACGAAAGAUGGUCGAAGCACUAGCAAUCUAUGAAUCAAAGAGAGGAGAGUUCACCAUGAAUCUCAACAUUAGUGAGAUUCUCGCCUGCAUCAAAUCAUUGGCGAAUCCGAUCGCUGCUCGGCCGGAUAGCCUGGCAGUUACAGAUCUGGGAUCCCUCCCUCAAUGGUUUAAGGACAAUACCAAGUACCAGGGAUGGCUAGGGAAUAACUCCCCAAAGCUCCUUUGGAUAGUUGGGAAAGCAGGCUGCGGGAAGUCUGCCCUUGCGGACCAAAUUCGAACCGCUCUGUCUGAGACAAAGCAUAACGUCAUCUCUCAUGCCUUCCAAAGCAACGUGUCCACUCGGAAGCGAGGCAGAACCAGUCUAGCAGUGUCGAUUCUCAGUCAGCUUCUUCCUUCAUCGUAUCCAGUGACCGACUGUCAGAAGCGCGUCUUGACGAAGCUAGUUCCUUUAUGUAAUCAGUACAAGUCCCGCUUUGAAGAUUGUCCAUUUGAGCAACUGUGGCCUCUUUGCACUUCACUCCUGACUGAAGAGCGUGAUUUCUAUCUGGUCAUUGACGCACUCGAUGAGUGCAGCUUGGACCACUCUCGGCAAGCGAAAGGGUUUCUCAAGCAUAUUUCAGAUGUUCUGGGUCCCACCGCUGGGAAGAUUAUCAUAUUCUCACGUUCAAGUCACCUGCUAGGUGUAGGAACCACCUCUGAGGUUCCAUUAGAUGAGAUCAGAAUCAUGGAGGAAGACACACGAUCUGAAAUUGCCGCCUUUUGUGAUUCAGCAGCGGCAAGGCUCUCAGUACCGAAAGAGAUACAACUCCAGGUGGCCUCUCGUGCAAAGUCUGGUGCCCGCGGGUCCUUCUUGUGGGUAAACUUGCUGCUGAAGGAACUCUCAAGGAUCCGCGUUAUGGAAGUAUUUCAAAAGACGCUGGUUGAAUUUCCGGACGACUGCUGGGGUGUCUAUACCAAAGCAUGGAAGGACGGAUUGGAGCAUCUCGAUGAAAAGGACAGAUUAGACUGCCGAAAUGUUCUCUUGCUUCUGCUAGGGGCUCGUCGACAGUUUGAGCUCAGAGAGUUGGAGGAUGCUCUUGGGCUGUUUCCAGAUUCGGUCCAAUUCAUUAUCUCAACACUAUGCCAACCUUUGGUUCAAGUUAUCGACAGCAGCGCUCAACUCAGCCAUGCCUCCGUUCGAGACUUUCUUCUCAAUGGAGAGACUGCCGAUGUUGGGUUCUCAGCAUCAGAGCCUGAUGCCACUCUGGCUCGAAGGUGUUUGGACUUCCUCCUCAAGGCUGAAUAUGCCCAAAAAGAUCGUAUCGGCCAACUUCUGAGGAGGAACGUUGGAUGUGGUGGUUCAGCCCAUGGCAAGGAAAGCGGCUUCUACGAAUAUGCUGCCCGCAACUGGAAUAUUCACCUGACUGCAUUAUCGUCCCCGGACCCAGACUUGUUGAGGCUCGCGGGAAGAUUUCUACGUGCUCCUCAGUUUGCCCAUUGGUCUGAGUACUCGAUCACUGACGUCGGUGACUUCCAAGCCAUUCGAUCAACAGAGAUAUCCUUGACUGUUUGGUUGAAGACCCUAUCCACUCGUGAUAGAUCUUUACUGGAUUUAGACAAUUACUUUGAGCUACCAUAUACCAACCUCAACAAAUCAUACAAGGACAACAAUGACGACAAAAUUCUACAGUGGCUAACCCUUAUGCACCUUGGGUUUUACUAUUUCGAUAAGGGCCGGAUAAACGAGAUGGCUGAUGUCCGUCAAGACGUUGCAACGGGACUGUCAGAAUUACUGGGACGGCGUCACCCUCUGGCUUUACAAGGAGCCUCAGAUGCAACGUACACGUUUCUUUUCAACGGGCAAUUGCAAAAGGCCCAGAGGCUAUAUGCUGAAGUGGCCAAGGACCAGCGAAAGGUUGUUGAUGAAGACAAUCCCAGCCCCUUCUUCACGGAAGUCUUCCAAGCACAGGCCGAGUAUCUUAUGAUGAAGUACUCAACCGCUUUGAGUACGCUGACAGAUGCAAUGGCGGGCUUCAUCCGCACAACUGGCCCUCAGAGUAAUGGAUAUCUCAUUGGACAGUUAUGGUACGCUGUAGCCCAUGCAUCCGCUGGUCACAUGGAGCAGGCCAUUAAAAUGCUGGAGUUUGUGCGCGAUAAGCGCAAAGAGCAGUACGGGCCAGAGGAUUCCUUUGGUAUUGCUACACAAGUCUUUGCUGGGGACUUAUAUCGCAAGCUCAAGGUCAAGGAGAAAGCCCUUGAUAAUAUCAAACCAGCGCUGGACUUUCGUCGUGGAUUUUGGCCAAUCUCUCACUUCCUCACCCUUGACACAGCCUUGGUUUUGGCUAUUACAUAUAGAGACUUUUGGAAAGACGACAAGGCGGCUGAACUCAUUGGAGAGCUCGAGAGAGACGCAAAGCUCGACCAGGAGCAAAACUUUGUUCGUGCAUGUCAGGUCAAGCAUAUCAGGGCUCUAUUGCUCUUCGAAGAUGGGAGCAUUGACCAAUCGAUCAGAAUGUUGGAGGCUUUCCUAAUCGAGAUUGGUAGUGAGCGAAAUAACAGGGCAGUCUAUUGGAUACGACUUGAUCUGGCUACCAUGCUUAGAUAUAGGGCAGGGAAGGGUGAUGACACAUUGGCGAGCUCACUAUUUGAUGGCAUCGUCACCGAUCAAACAGAUGAUCCUGAGGACGAACCAGAUCCACCUAGAUGGCUUGAGAUAGCAGAGGAUGCUCUUAAACUAUUGCGGUUCGACAGAGUUACUGAGGCGAAGAAAACUCUUGAGGAAGAGAAUCUACGAUGGGCUCGAGAAGAGACAUUGUGGAUGUGGUUGGGAGUUCCGGCAGCUGACACAGGCUGGAUGAGGUUACCACAGGGCUUGGGCAGUGAAGGACCUCCACAUUCUUUUGGCUGGGUAAGGGAUUUGUAA